UCGGUAGGAAGGAGGACGGGAAUUGGUGGUCCGCCGCGCGUGGGGGAGGAGCUGAGAAGGGCGGAAGUGUGAACUGUUUCCGCUUCCGGCGGGGUGCUUUCUCUCUCUCCCUUUCCGUUCGGCGAGGAGAGGCCGCAGGAGCCGCGUGGCCGGUAACACUUAGCUGCCACAAUGCAGAUCUUUGUGAAAACCCUGACGGGCAAAACCAUCACUCUUGAGGUGGAGCCCAGUGACACCAUUGAAAACGUCAAGGCCAAAAUCCAGGACAAAGAAGGGAUCCCUCCUGACCAGCAGCGUCUGAUCUUUGCGGGAAAGCAGCUGGAGGAUGGGCGCACACUCUCAGACUACAACAUCCAGAAAGAGUCUACUCUCCACUUGGUGUUGCGUCUCCGUGGAGGAAUCAUCGAGCCCUCUCUGCGCCAGCUGGCCCAGAAGUACAACUGUGACAAGAUGAUUUGCCGCAAGUGCUAUGCCCGCCUGCACCCCCGUGCCGUGAACUGUCGCAAAAAGAAGUGCGGCCACACCAACAACCUGCGUCCAAAGAAGAAGGUCAAGUAAACAUGGUGGGAUCUUAGUCCACUUUCCCCACCUUGCCUGGCUUUGGCACUGUUCUGAUGAAUCACUCAGCUUCCUAAUCUCCCAAGGGAACGUUUCCCCCCUUCACUGUUAAAAUAAAACUGAACAGUUGCACCUA